AUGAAGUUCUCCUGUGCCUUCAUCACGCUGCUUGCGAGCGGCUGCAUGUCUCAACGAGCACCAGCAUGGACCAUCGAUAAAAGUUGUGACACCUACGACAACCAAAACAUCAGGGAUAAGAUCAAAGACUCUGUUCUUGAAGGCCUGAAGCUUGCAGAAGAUGCUGUCGGUGUCAUGAGAGAUCAUGCAGACGAUCCUUGGGUCCAAGAAAUGAGCAAGCUAGUUUUGGGUCGUCGCGACGGGUUCGAAACCCGUUUUGAAGCCGCUAGACAGACCCUCGAGCGUGUUGCCGCAUUUGAGCGCGCACCUAGCAACCAUCUACCUCUGACAGAUGAGUGGAAAUCUAUGAGCAACAAUCGUGACUGGGAAAUAUAUUGCAACGCCGACAGAUUCCAGAAGGGUGACAGAUUCACCAAGAACGCCGCUUUCGGUAAUAGGUAUCUGUGGCCCGACACAGCGGCGAACUUCAGACGCUGCUACAACAACGAGUUUCAGUCCGGGUCCGGCAUAGACGGCGCAAAGAUGACCACUUUGACGUCUGACAUUAUCGACAAGGUCGCUUUUGCGGCUGCCUACCGUCCCGCCGGCAGCACAGCAAAAAUAGAAGAUUUCACAACCGAGUCGGUAUACGCAUCUUCAACGGACGUUUGUUUGUGGUUUCUUGACAAGACCUACAGACAAGGAUUCCCUCAAAUUGACAAUCAACUUUUAGAAAUGGUCAAGUCUGAUGGAUUUCGUGCUGGUUUUACGCAUGGUGUCCCGGUCGAUGGACUGAAAACUGCUAGUUUUACAUUCCUUCAUGAGUUAACCCACACUACCCAAGGCGGGAAGCUCAAGGACCUCACAGACUUGCCACCCGAAAUUCCCUCUUGCUACAACUGGUACUGCGUCACAAAAAUGGCGCUAGAGCCUUCUAUUGAGGUUGAAAGAAACGCAGAUUCGAUAGCAAUACUGGCCUUGGCACUGAGAGUAUGGAAAAUGAACCACCAUGUUGACGCAGACGGUGUCAUUCAUGAGAUCCCAAGGACCUAG